AUGUCCUCGACGCCGAGCAUUCGGGUAUAUGAUUCCCAUCAUUACCCACUACCACACCACCGCCGACCGUCGAUACCCACUCCAGCCGUGGCAAUGGCUAUACCAAGGGCACGCGAAGAGGUGCCGCCACCCUUGCCUCCACCACGUCACAUCGAACACCUCAGGAGCGGGCAGGACCCGGGCUGGCAAUGGGGUAACACAAACAGUCCAAGGGACACGGGUUUUGGCGGAAAUCGGCUCGCGACAGUUAGGCCUGGCUCGAGCUUGUAUGGUGGAGCCGCAGGCAGCUAUCCGCGGGAGCCAUCUGUCGAAUACAUGUUCAUCGGUGGCCGUGAACCCUCCAUCCCUAGGUCGCUCGACGACAUGAGCUCCGAACACAGCAACAACAGUGAUGAGGACCGUAGCAUCAAGUCUCGCCCCUCGCUUGGAAAUCACAGUGGCAAAGCCACUGGACUCCUUACGAGAACACUCCAACACUCAUCCAACGCCUACGACAAGCAGUUACUCUCCAAAAUCGGCGGCCCCAACACGCCUACGCGGACUACUGCUCCCCCUCUCUCCUCUGGCAGCUCACAGGACCCAAACACCGAGGCACAUGCCCCAAUAAACAAGCUCAACGGUCAAUUGAAACCGUUGACCGUACCCGCCCUCUCACCAGGCUACAACGGCUUUCGCAGCCCCAUCUUCGACCCCGCUGAACCACAUCGCGCUCGCUACAACAGCAUCUCAACUCCAGGACCUUUGGACGAAAGCGCGACACCACAUCGUGGUAGCUACGAUCAUAGCAUCUUCUCUGAACCUGACUUCGGCAUGGAAGAGAAUGGAAUGCGCGAUUUGAACAUCAACGAACGCAGCCCUGCCGAGUCAGACGAGUACCAAUUAGGCCCGAAGGGCGGCCUGAAGCGGCGGGCCUCAUCACCGCCCUCCGAAGCUGCGCGUGAUGAUCGACCCACGACAAGCGGCCACAACGAUCUCUACCAUCGUCGGUCCGCCCAAAUGCUGGUUAAUCGAAAUUGCACUGCUUCACGCUUCCAGUCAAACCCAAGCUCAUUAUCGUCUGCUGGGUCUGCAAGCCAACGAAGCGCUUCUAUCGGUUCUUCGUUUGGAUUUUCGACAGCUGCAAGCAGCAUGACAAGUUAUGGCGGAGAUCAGCGCCUUUCGCCCAAUGCGUUGUCGCCUUUGGGCGAGACGGAUUCAGGGCCUGUCUCGCCGUAUGCAGCUAACAGGUCUCUGGACCCGAGCCCCCGCGGGUCCUUAUCACGGCCUGUGCAUCAACGAGGCUUCUCGGAGACCGAACAUCCGCAGAUCCGUAAGAUGUCUACUGACAGCAUGUUGCACUCGAGGCAAAAUUCAAUCGCAAAUCGCAUACCAGGUGCCUAUAUUUGCGAGUGUUGUCCCAAGAAGCCCAAGAAGUUCGAUAGCGAAGAUGAGUUGCGAUUGCACGAGCUAGAGAAGCAGUACAUUUGCCAAUACUGCCCCAAUCGCUUCAAAAAUAAGAAUGAAGCUGAACGCCAUCAAAAUUCCCUGCAUUUACGUCGCCAUUCCUGGUCAUGCGCCACGCUUGCGGGCGUCCAUGCAGCCUUCCACCCCUCGCCUACUCGCCCAGCUGCUGCAGACGUAUGCGGAUACUGCGGCGAGGAAUUCCCCAACCCUGCGGACUGGGAGGCACGAUCAGAACAUCUCAAUCACGUGCAUAAAUUUGGUGAAUGUAACCAAGCCAAAAAGUUCUUCCGUGCAGAUCACUUCCGGCAACACUUGAAGCAUAGUCAUGCUGGCACCAGUGGAAAGUGGACAAACAUGCUGGAGAACGCAUGCAUGAGAGACGAGCCUCCGCCACAAGAACGUGUUGUCUCUAUAAGCUCCGUAUCCGGUCCCUCAGCCCUUGCGCCCAAGCCCGGUGUUAUUAACGAAGUCCACGACGAAUCAUAAUUUCGAAAAGCAUGUUACCAAUCAGUCUGAACGUCGGCAACAACAAGUCUUCAGACAUUAUUUUCUAAAUGUUGAAACGCAGCUUUCGACACCAUCGGCUACCCUUUUGGAUAUUCGCAUUCUUCCCAUUUCAGCUCUGUUUCCCAUAGAACAGAUUGUACAAGCAUUGUUUUUUGUUUUAGCGAAAAGUUUUCCAUGUCUACAAAGAUUGCCCUGCAUUUCCAUGCAAUCUAGGCGAAGGUUGGACGUUAUGGUAUAACGACAUUUGAUGACAGCAUUCGGUAACACUCUGACGCUGGCCAACGACAGAAAUUUGAUGCAUUUUCAAGGGUGUUGUUCUUUUCCUUCGCUCACGAGGGCGUUGAUUGGACGGGGAAAAACGUCCAGGGUCAUUGGUGUUUACGAUAGGAGGGGGCAAGAAAGAGGAUGGAGCAGUCUUACACGACACAACUCUUGUUAGGUCCAUAUAGCAAAUUACAAACUGAAUUGCCAAACCUCUUGGAA